AGCUUGCACCAUUUUUUUUAAUUGGGCGUGGCUGAAAGUGGCAUAAAGAUGGCUACCGGGUUCAAGAGAGAAAUGAAAGUGACCCAAGAAGAGAUGGCAGAGGCCAAAGUCCCUCUCAAUCUCAGAGAUUAUUGCGCCCAUCACUUCAUCCCACUCAUGAAGUGUCGUAAGGACAACUACUACCUUCCCUGGAGAUGCAAGAAAGAGAAACACGCCUGGGACGAGUGCGAGUUCCAAGAUUAUCUAGAUCGUGUAAGACAGAAGAGACAACAGCAAGCAGCAGCAGCUGAGGAUUAGACAUUAUCAUGAAAUAUCUUAUACUGUUACCCUCUCUAUAGACACACUAGUAGCAUUUAAUACUGAUGUCAUUAUUAUUGUUAUUAUAAUUGUAUG